ACAGUACCGUGUGGGUUUAGCUAGAAGUAGACCAUGGUACUUAUUACUAGACUACAAAGAGUUAGGCAGUAGAGUUAGAGGAGUCGAGUGUUUUCGACACAUGUAAAUACACCCAGCACCAAGUACCAACUCGAUCUUACCGCCUUCGUUCUUGCUCGAGUGCUCAUUCAGUCAUUGAUUUGGUGGAGGAAAUCAGAAAUCCAUUUCUCAGUCUGCCGUUGAAUUGAUUUGAAAACAUUUUCAAACAGAUCGGUCUGUGAAUAUUCGAAUGAAGUGAAGUUUUUUUCAUGGAAGAGGAUAGGAGCUACCGCACCACGUGAAAUCUUCGUAGCGCGCACGCACGUGGUGGCAAGCCACAGACAGAAGAACAGCUAGCUUGUACGGUACUUGUGCAUCGAUCCCUUCCUAUCCUACACUGGCUCCAGCUCCUGUUGUUUUUUGAAAAUCAACAAGAAUACUGCAGUACUGGCACAUAACUUCAUAAGCUCUUGAUAUCACACUCAGUCACUGCAGCUGGACAGUAGAACGGACGGAUUUGUUGUUCAUCGUCAGGUUGAAGCAGUCAUUGGUGCCGUAGGCCGGUGCAGGAGACCUUUCAAUGGCUCAGCUUCUGAGGAGCACGGGCGAUGCAGUUCGCUUGGCACUGCAGCCAAUUGAGACUCUUCUCUUUCAGAUGCUACCCUGGUACGAUAAAUACAUGUAUGGACCGCUCAGUGUAAAGCUGUCGCCGCACGUUGCCAGAAUACCGCGCUACGCUCAACUCAAUGGUCAACAGUACACCGUCUUCACAGCGAACAUCCUCUCGUCGGCACGAGCUGCGAUGGUAGUGAUUGCCGCUAUGUUUCUGAAAUUCCAGUUCAGUGUACUUGCAUCACUCAUCGUUUUCUUCCACGACUUUCUCGACCAUGUUGAUGGAAUGGUGGCUCGCGAGCAAAAGAAAAUUUACGGCCAGAUUGAUGAUCCUGUUCUUGGCGGAUUCAUGGAUGCGUUCUGCGAUAAAAUUUUCAACUGCCUCUGCUUGUGGAGUUUGUUGAUGGCGGUGGAAACCCAGAACAUGUCCAACGUGCAGCUGUUCAUCUUCCUACUGGCAACGUGCUCUAUACUCAUCUAUGAGUUCAUUCUAGGAGUCGUCCGUGUCCAGGAUUAUUUCCACAUUAGCUAUUGCCAACACUUUGGCUCUGCGGGGGCAGCCGGCGAGGUGAAAAUUGCAGCAAACAUGGCAGGAAAGCUCAAGGAGAAGUUGGAAUCAUUUGGUCUGGCGUUUCUCUGCAUGGCCUCGUCAUCUAGUAAUAUUAUGACUCGACCAGAUGGCAUCUUGGGAGUAGUUCUGCUGCUGCUGUCGGUGCGCUUAGCACAUAGCAGUCUGGCGCACAAACUGGAGAGACGCUCCAAGGCAGCACCGUCAACCGGCGAGAAAAACCAACUUUCUCGCUCCGCAUCAUCAUCCCCCGUCCCCGCUGCUGACGCCAGUGGAUCUCCUCUCAGUGAUGAAGAGAAGUUUGAUGUGUUCUUCAUCACACAGGAGCAGCAGCGCACGGAAGCGCUGCAGAUCCAAGAGGACGAGGUGGUCAACAAGGUGUUCACCAUUGGCUGCUUUGAUUUGUUUCACUUCGGUCACGAGAAGCUGCUGCGGAGAAUGCGACGCCUGGGCCAACGGCUCAUCAUUGGUGUUCACAGCGAUGAGAGCAUCCAAACUUUGAAGAAGAAAACACCGAUUGACUCGCUGGAAACCCGGAUGAAAAAUGUCCGCAAACAUGCCGAUCAGGUGUUCUGCAUACACAGCACGGAUCCAUCUGCAUUCUUUCAGUGUAUCGUGGACUUGUCACCGAGCGAGAAAGCACUGUAUGUGCGUGGUAACGACAUGGUGAACUUUCCCGCACGCAAUGUGGUCGAGCAGUUGAUGCCAGUUCGCUUUCUGCCGUACACAGAGGGCAUUAGCUCCACUAUACUACGCAAACGAUUCUAUUCACAACCCAGUUUGUCAAACGGCAGUAUUGGUAACUCUUCCGCUCUCGGUUCCGAUACCGUUGUGUCAGACGAGGAGCAGACAACAACGAUCACUAACAGCAUCAAUGGUGUGAGCGAUAUUGUUCAGCAAACCGCCACAGAUGGUGACCAGUGAAGCAGGCCUUACAGAUAGACAAUUACAAAUUAGCCAUGAUUGCACACUGUGCAAAGAAUGCACGUACAAGAAUACAAAUUCGUGCUGAUAACGGGGACGCUUUCUAAAAUCAGCAAAAGACAAUUCUGAUCUCGGCUGGUGUUAUAUUUAUCAGGAUGAUAGGCACAUUUACCUUUUCAUAGAGUAGCACGCUCUGAAUGCGGGCAGACAUUUGAAUACCGCGUUUAUUUCUGUCAUUUCCAGACAACACUCCUACCUGCUCCUACCUGUUGUUGCAAUAGACAUGGUAAAGCCUAGGUGAUUUAUGUCUCCCUUACUUUUUUUCUUAUUUUAUUAGACUUUGCAAUGUUGAGGGUGCUCUUUGGUCUAGCACAUUUAUUACUGUCCCUUUCUAGUUUUUUUGCUGCGCGUGUGUUUGUGUGUGUUGUUGCUGUUGUUUGUGGUGGUCCUGCGGCUGGUACAAGUGUUAUUUUUGAAUUAUCCAGUUACUCCGAUCUAUCUAGCCUUGCGUCUGGCAUUAACCGACAAAGCAAUUUAAUUCCAUUUUUUCCUAGUCUUUUAUUCUCUGCAUGUACUUGUAUCACAGCGCAAGGGCAAAGAUUUCUAAUUUUCAGAUGA